AUGUCCACUCCAGUUGACAACUUUUUGACCAGUCUCAAGGCAUCCACUGCCCAGAUCAUAGCCAUCAUCAGCAGCACCCAGCAGAUUCCCCUGGGUAACAGCCACUUUUCUCUAACAACACAGGCUCAAGUGAUCAAGGACUAUCAGACUGGACCCCUGCCUGGCAUCAUGCUUUUGUGCUCCAAGGAGCUAUUGUGUGUCUGGGGCAUGACUCCCCAGGUCUGGCCCAACUGGCACAGCAUCAGGUAUGAUGAUCCCUGUCUCUUGAAGCACGUCUGGUGCCCCAAGCUCCUCACCUGGGAGGCCUUAGGUGACCAUACCUUUGAUCUCCCAGUUGCUACUCCUCCCUCCACAGGUCUGAUUCCAGUGGACCUUCCCUCCCCACCCAUCUGCACUAGCAAUGUUGCUGGUUCCUCCACCAGCACCACCACCAAGUUCUGGGACAAGGGGAAAGGCAGAAGGGAGUCAGAAGAGGAAGUCUCCCAUGAUUUCAGCACUCUCCUCCUAACCCCCAAACCCCUAGUGGACUCAGAAGAUGAGGAAGACAUGAGUAUUCAGCCAUUUUUGGGUGGAGUGCCAGAUGUUGUCCUUCCCCAGCUCUCCAAUUCACCUAGAUCACCCCAGGUUUCAACCAAAAAGCCCUUUGGCCCUGCUACAGUGAUUGCUGGCAGUCAUCCAGCGGUCAUUGAGCCCUCCCAGCCAACUCCCAAAAGCCCAGUGGAGGCACCCCCAGUCAUUGAUGGAGGUGAUAUUCUCAUUCCUAGACCAAACAACCCAUGCCAGGUUUGCACCAAGCUAAACUGGGACUGCGCAACUCGGUUGGACAAGAGGACUGGGAAUCCAUCACUUCCAUCUGCAAGUUUGGCAAUCCCUGCUCCAGCACCUGGUCCAGCAGUCCCUGCUGCAGCACUCAACCUGCCUAUGCCGGAUCUCCAUGCCAUGACAAUUGCAAUUUGGGAUGGUACAGCUUGCAUCACCAUUCUCAAUGCUCAUGUGGCAGAGCAGGAUGGUAAGAUUGACACUCUGCAAUGCCUCCAUGAAGACCUUAGGCAUGAAAUCAUCAACUGGCACUCUGCAUUCCCAAUUCUCAAAUCUCUGGCCAAUGCAACAUCCUUGUUGCUUGAUCAAUCUGUUCCCCCAUCCAUGUCACCAUCUGCAUCUGCACUCCCUCCUCUCAUUAAUCUCUCAAUUGGAGAGAUGAUGCCCACACCCCUGAAAUUCAAGGAUGCCUCUGCCAUUGAGGGCCUCCUGUUUGAGUACAACCAGGUUGUUCAACCAGAGGUUCCAGAUAUGUACAGUGAAAUUGUGGACCUGGGUGAUCCAGGCAACCUGGUCCCAGAAUAUGGUUCUUCUGAUGACAUGGAUGUUGAGGUGAAGGUUGAAGCAUCUUCUGAGGAGGUUGACAGGGCUACAUAA